AUGCAUCUAUACUGCUAUACACUACAUCUUUACUUGGGUUUCUCAACAAGAGAAUACAGUGAAGGGUAUGAUCCUUGGUUGCCGAGAGAAGACUGGGAUAAAUUCGACCCCCACCUGGUGUCCGAGGGAGCGUUCGCAGCUGCCAUGAUAUUCAGUUUCUUAAAGCUCGUGCAUAUAUUCAGUGUAAACCCUCACCUGGGACCACUUCAGAUAUCUUUGGGUCGUAUGAUCAUCGACAUCAUAAAAUUCUUUUUCAUCUACACGCUGGUGCUUUGCGCUUUCGGAUGCGGUUUAAAUCAGUUGCUUUGGUAUUACGCGGACUUGGAGUCGAAAAAAUGUUACCACGACAACAGUGACAUUGCUGAUUUCGAAAAAGAAGAAAAGGCCUGUUCGACGUGGAGGCGAUUUGCCAAUAUAUUCGAAACAUCUCAGUCUCUAUUUUGGGCUGGUUUUGGACUUGUCGAUUUGACAGCGUUUGAUCUAACCGGAAUUAAGAGCUUCACUAGAUUUUGGGGUCUACUGCUGUUCGGAUCGUACUCGGUAAUCAACAUAAUCGUUUUGCUAAACAUGCUUAUCGCUAUGAUGUCCAAUUCGUAUCAGAUAAUUUCGGAACGGUCUGACAUGGAAUGGAAGUUUGCUCGUAGUUCGUUGUGGAUUUCGUAUUUUGAGGACGGAGAUACCGUACCGGCUCCUUUCAAUCUAUUUCCUUCACUUAAAAAUGUCAAACGCAUGAUCGGCCUCGAGAAGACAAAGCGAACAUCUGGGUCAAUGAUUUUUAAGUCCAGGGAAAAAGCGUCAGCCCGGCAUGAUAUUGUUAUGCGGCUUUUGGUGAGACGCUAUGUAACCGCGGAACAACGCAAGAGUGAAGAAUUUGGCAUAACUGAAGACGACGUGAUGGAAAUACGACAAGACAUAUCGUCCAUGAAGUUCGAGAUGAUAGAUAUAUUCAAACAAAACGGGUAUAAAACACCCAAAAAAGAACACGAUUCUAAUGUCGCCCAAGGAAAGAAAGGCCGGGUGAUGGAACGUCGAUUGCUCAAAGACUUCCAGAUCGGUUUGGUUGAGGGAUUGAUACAGGAUGCUAUGGCGUCUAAUGAGAAGGGACCAAAGGACGUGUUCAGCAAGAUCGCAAAGGCCAUCGGCCGGCGGACCAGCCAGGGCAGCAAGAAAAAGGACUGGAACGCGGUGGUGAGGCAGAAGAGUCUGGCCAGGGACCCGAUCGGUAGCACGGCCGAGGGAACGGAACGGCGACACCGGCAGAGCGUACGCCGGUAUAUCCUGGACCACCAGAAGGACAGCCUUAUGUCGAUGGACGCCGAGCGGCUGGUCGAGUACAAUCCGCUGCUGGCCGAAAUAGCGCCGGCAGCACGUGUGGCGUAUGCCAAAUUCAAGAUACCGAAGAUCAAGCAGGAGUACGAGGAGAACACGAUGGGACAGGACGAGGUGUUUGAUAACGUGCCCACCGUGGACAUUGUGGACGAAACGAAAAAAAGUUCGAUCGCCCGGCCGAGACCGAAGAGUGCUAGGCAUUCGCCUGUGGCCGGUGCAUUGCCCUACCCAUCGACCAGCACUGACAAACAGCCCCCCGAUACUGGGUCGAUCAAGCCGGCCGAUGCGAGUCAACAGCAAACCAAAACGAUCCAACGAACAAAGACCACAGAACUUAAAGACAGUGCAUCGUCGUCCGUCGUGGGUGACACCACCAAGGUUCCCCCGGGAGUGCUAAAAAAAGCAGUGGUACAUACGAAACCGGAACCGGGUACAUCUCGAGAAACGGCAAAGGACGCUGACGGCCAAUCUCAACCGUCUACUUCUGGUUCGGGAGGAAAAAGGCCAAAAGAGGCAGAAAAGGAGCACGAAGGAUCUAAGAAAAAAGACACCGGUAGUUCAAAAGACGCCGAUAAAGCAAAGGAUGCAGAUAAAGCAACGGAUAUGGAUUCAUCAAAAGACACGGAUAAAUCAAAAGACUCGGAUAAAUCAAAAGACUCGGAUAAAUCAAAAGACUCGGAUAAAUCAAAAGACUCGGAUAAAUCGAAAGACGCAGAUAAAUCAAAAGACACUGAUAAAUCAGAAGAAAAAGAUAAAGGUGGCAAACUCUUGAAACCAGAAUCUCCGAAACGGUCAGCGAGUCCAAAGAAACCAGGCGGUAAAUCAAAAGUCACAGGAGAAAUUUUGACUGGUUGGUUGUGA